GUGUGGUUUACAAGUAUCCAUAGCAACGGAUGCAUUGAAAUUGCUUUUGAGUCAUGACUGCAGAGAUUGACAGACACAUUCUGGUCAAGUAUGACAUAAAAAGAAGAAUAGGAAAAGGAGCUUAUGGCAUAGUGUGGAAAAGUGUUGAUAGGAGAACUGGAGAAAUUGUAGCACUAAAGAAGAUAUUUGAUGCUUUUGCAAACUCAACUGAUGCACAGAGGACAUUUCGGGAGAUAUUGUUCCUCCAAGCUUUCUCUAACCAUCCAAAUGUGAUCCAGCUUAUCAAUGUAAUAAGGUCGUCAACCGACAAGGACAUUUACUUAGUAUUUGAAUUUAUGGAUACUGAUCUUCAUGCGGUGAUAAAGAGUAAGAUACUCCAGUCAGUUCACAUGCAGUACAUCAUGAGUCAGUUGUGUCGGGUAUUGAAAUACAUUCAUUCCGGUAACGUCAUUCAUCGUGACCUGAAACCCAGUAAUAUCCUCAUUAAUUCUGAAUGUUUUAUUAAGUUGGCUGAUUUUGGAUUAGCUCGAUCACUGGCUAGCAUAAGCAAUGAAGGGAGUAAAGGGGCUGGAGGUGAUGGUGUUAGUGAUUUCAAUCCAGCCAUGACUGAUUAUGUUGCUACUCGUUGGUAUCGUAGUCCAGAGAUAUUGCUAGGAUCAAGACGUUAUACUAGAGGUGUGGAUAUGUGGUCUCUUGGCUGUAUAUUAGCAGAAAUGAUAGCAAGUAAGCCACUCUACCCUGGCUCAUCCACCAUCAACCAGUUGGACAGGAUAAUGUCUACCCUCCCUCCUCCCUCAAGACAAGACGUGGAGAGCAUUAAAUCACCUUACGCCAAAGCAAUACUGGACCAAAUAAUACACAAGAGACACAAGUAUUUGACUGAUAUAUUACCUCAAGCUGAUGAUAUUUCACUUGAUUUACUCAACAAGUUGCUAAAUUUCAAUCCGAACAAGAGACUGACUGCUGAAAAUUGUCUAGAGCAUCCUUACCUAUCAAAGUUUCAUGAUUCUGACAAGGAGCCAGUGAUUGGGUGUCAAAUAGUGCCAGUGAUUGAUGAUAAUGUACAACUAACAGCUCACGAAUAUAGAGAACAACUAUACAAGGAUAUAGUAUUGAGACACACUGAGCUUCACCCACAAUCACCUAAACCAGCCUCACCAGCCCCUCCUUCAAACCCUGAUGUAUUGGUUGAGGACUGUGAACUGGAGAGCUGUAUAUCGGACCACAGUCUAGCACAAUCAGAGAGAGGAAAGAAAGAAAAGAAGUUAAAAGAAGUAGGAGGAGUAGGAGGAGGAGGAGGGUAUGUGUCUCAUUCUUCUCCUUCUCUGCCUGCUAAGAAGACAAGUGAUGAUUCUGAAGGAGGAGGAGGAGCUGAAGUGAAGUCAAGGGCUUUUAUACCUUUCAUGAAUCGAAGUAAAUCAGCAGCAGUACAGGCAAGAGGAGGGAUAAUGCCUCGUCCCAGUACUCCUCUUCAAGCUCACUCCAGGACUACAGUACAGCCAUUAUCACGAGCUAGGAUAGGGUGUGCCUCAGCUAGUCACAUAACAACAAAGAAACCAGUUCCUCCUCCUCCUCCCCCUCCCCCUCACUCUACCCACGGGAAACCAAUAGACCUCACCGUCACCAGUGCUAGAAUUGUCCCAAUAUCUCGCCCACCUCCCCCCAGUCAUCAAUGGAAGGAAGUGAAUAGAAGAGUAUCAAGAGGAGGCCCCUCACGCUAUGCAUCAGGGACCUACACACAGACUCAUGGAGUUAUACGUAGAUCAGAUUUAAUGACAAUAAAACAAAACAACUGGUGAUGAUACUAAUGAUUGAUUAUACACUGGCAUACAUGUACAGGCAACUUCUCUAAAUUCAUGUUCUUGAAAU